UACAGUGAAAUGUACUGUUACAAUAGUAGUACAGUAAACCCUAACCUCUUUCCUAAACGACAAAAUGUACUAGUUUCACGAGUCUGAAAUGGUCUGAAAUUGAAAUGGCGAGUGGAAUACUUCGUGUUUGUAAAGUAAUAACAAGUUGCACAAAAAGUAACUACGUUAUAAAUAAUGUUACUACUGUAGGUUUAUUAAUACCACAGAAUCCAUUGAUUCAAAAUGCAAGAAGUACUACCAGUUUUUUCAUGAAGAGAUCGGCAGCUGAUUUAUGGAAAUCUGUUACUAGCGUUAGUAAUGCAGGUAGAAGAAGAGGGAGAGGAAAGAAUUCACCAAAAAUUAAAGAUUUAAAUAAAGGGCAAAGGCUUGGUUAUGGGAAAAUUCCAAUAGUAUUUCCUGGACUAAAUGCUCCAGUUGUGAAAGGAGAUACAAUAGUUCGACAACAACAACUUUCAGUGGAAACAGUGGCACAACCGGCUGCUGCUUUAGAAAUAAACUUGCCUGGAUCAAAGCGACACAGAAUUCCAGCUUUAAAACGUGGUUAUACCGGAGCUUCCAUAUGUGGAAGAACAAUUGGAGCACCUGAUCCUGUAGAGGGUGAUACUUUUGAGAAUUUUGAAAGUUGGGUAUUAUUUAACAGAAUGAGGAAUGUCAUGACAAGUAAUAUGGGUCGCAGUAGAUGGUGUCGUGCCAUGGUUAUAACUGGAAAUAAAAAUGGUUUGGCAGGAUUUGCAACGGCAGGUGCACCUGAAAAUAAACCUGCUAUAACAGCAGCAAAAAACAAAGCAGGACAAAGAUUAAUUUACAUUGAAAGAUACAACGAACAUACUGUAAUGCACGACUUUUUCACUCAGUUUGGAAGUACAAAAAUUUAUGUGGAACAGAAGCAUCAAGGCUAUGGGCUUAAAUGUCAUCGCAUUAUUAGAACAUGUUGCGAGGCACUUGGCAUAAAAGAUAUGUAUGCUAAAAUUGAAGGUGCUAUCAAUGUUCCACACAUCGUGAAAGCUUUUUUUAUUGGUUUAUUAAAACAGAAAUCAUUUCAAGAGAUGGCAAAUGAGAAACAAUUACAUGUGGUUGAAAUGAGGAGGGAGAGCAGUUAUUUUCCAACAGUACUUGCUUCACCAGCAGAGAGCAGGAAAAAGAUAGAAAUUUCGCCAAGAGAAAAUUUAGAUUAUAAACAGUAUUUAUUGGAUGGAAGAAUAUUUUUACAUAAAAAACCAUAUGUUCGAUUUUAUAUGAAAUUACCUUCGUGGAAUAAACAUUUGCGUAAAGUGGAACGUCAAAGAGGUCAAUAUGACGUGAUAAUCAGAUCUCGAGCUGAGACUGGAGAUAUCUGUAGUUUUCUUAGUGAAAAAUAUCCGGAAGCAAAAGCAUCCAAGUGGAGGAAACACGAUAACAAAGAGGAGGAUGUUGAAGAGUAAUGUUAUUAUACAGAACUUAAAAUGUUUUAUUGAAUAAUGCGAAUUAGUUGAUUAAUAUUAGUAAAUAAAAACAUUCUAAAUAAGUGUAUAAACAUGUAAGGAUAAAUGCGCAUAAAUAACUGAAUUUAUGUAUAAUACAACAAUAUAUAAUAAAAACAAUUUACACUACACAAA